AUGGUUUCAUUCAGCAAAGUAUUCGCUGCCGCUGUAGGCCUCAGCGCAUCAACCGCUCUUGCCGGCAGCACAAUCCCCCGCGAUGCCCCUCGCAACACAAUUCAAUUCUUGUCUUUCGACAAGGAGGACAGAGUCAUCACCUUUACAUCCCACCCUCAGUGUGAGAAUCUUGCGGACAUUCACCACAAAGGUGGAGAGAACUUCACUAUUGAAAUUCCUCUCAACUGGGGAGGUACCGUUAUCGCUAGAAAGUAUGAUGCUGUGCACCCUAUCCACCGUGUUCAAGCCGAAUUUCAAUGGCAAGGGUUUGAAGGCAAGACCCACUACGAUGCCAGUGCGAUCGACAACCGUACCGAUAAUUCUGGUAUCCGUUUCGUUUACCCAGCCGGUCAAGCCGAUGUCUACGAGUUACGAAGUGGAUGCACCGUUUAUCCUUGCGAUAAUGCUUAUCUUCUGCCUGACGACGUGCAAACCAAGGUCACCCGCCAAACUGAUAUGGUUAUUGAGAUUGGUACCCAAUACUAG